AUGUCAGCUGCACCCGGCCUGCUCCACCAGGAGCUGUCCUGCCCGCUGUGCCUGCAGCUGUUCGAUGCGCCUGUGACCGCCGAAUGCGGCCACAGCUUCUGCCGCGCCUGCCUGAGCCGCGUGGGCGGGGAGCCGGCGGCCGACGGUACUGUGCCCUGCCCGAGCUGUCAAGCACCCACGCGGCCGCAAGCUCUCAGCACCAACCUGCAGCUGGCGCGCCUGGUGGAGAGUCUGGCGCAGGUGCCGCAGGGCCACUGCGAGGAGCACCUAGACCCACUCAGCAUCUACUGUGAGCAGGAUCGCGUGCUCGUGUGCGGAGUGUGCGCCUCGCUGGGUUCGCACCGCGGUCAUCGCCUGCUGCCUGCCGCCGAGGCCCACGCGCGCCUCAAGACACAGCUGCCCCAGCAGAAGCUGCAACUGCAGGAGGCCUGUAUGCGUAAGGAGAAGAGCAUGGCAGUUCUGGAGCACCAGCUAACAGAGGUGGAGGAGACAGUGCGUCAGUUCCGGGGGGCCGUUGGGGAGCAGUUGGGUAAGAUGCGUGUGUUCCUGGCUGCAUUGGAGGCCUCGUUGGACCAAGAAGCAGAGCGUGUGCGGAAAGAUGCUGGGGUUGCCCUCCAGCGGGAGCUGGGGGCCUUGAGCUCUUACCUGGAACAGCUGAGGCAGAUGGAGAAGGUCCUGGGAGAGGUAGCCGACAAGCAGCAGACUGAGUUCCUCAUGAAAUACUGCCUGGUGACCAGCAGGCUACAGAAGAUUCUGGCAGAGUCUCCACCCCCUGCCCGCAUGGACAUCCAGUUGCCUGUCAUUUCAGAUGACUUCAAAUUCCAGGUGUGGAGGAAGAUGUUCCGGGCUUUGAUGCCAGCGCUGGAAGAGCUGACCUUCGAUCCGAGCACUGCGCACCCGAGCCUGGUGGUGUCUGCGAAAGGUCGCCGCGUGGAGUGCUCAGAGCAGAAGCCGCAGCCCGCUGGCGAGGACCCACGCCAGUUCGACAAAGCUGUGGCGCUGGUGGCACACCAGCAGUUCUCUGACAGGGAGCACUAUUGGGAGGUGGAGGUGGGCGACAAGCCACGCUGGGCACUAGGCCUGAUCGCCGCCGAAGUCAGUCGCCGUGGCCGGCUGCACUCAGUGCCCUCGCAGGGCCUUUGGCUGCUGGGGUUUCGCGAUGGUAAGAUCCUGGAGGCGCACGUUGAGGCCAAGGAGCCGCGUGCGCUGCGCUUACCCGAGAGGCGGCCGACCCGAAUUGGCCUGUACCUAAGCUUCGCAGAUGGUGUCCUUGCCUUCUAUGAUGCUAGCGACGCUGAUGCGCUGGAGCUGCUCUUUGCCUUCCGGGAGCGCCUCCCUGGCCCUGUGUACCCUUUCUUUGACGUGUGCUGGCACGACAAGGGCAAGAACGCACACCCGCUGCUGCUGGUGGGACAAGACGUCCUGGAGGCCUGA